AUGGUGGUAUCGUGGUACCACUUGGAGCUGCGAGAUGGGAACUUCGUGGACGACGAUGGCCGAGUGGUGCUGCUCAAAGGCGUGAACCUGGGUGGAUCCACAAAGAUCCCGUCGUCCGCAGCCAGCGCUGCGUCCAUCUCGUUUGUGAUCCGGCCGCGCUCGACGAAGCACACGAGCCCCUACUGCAGCGGUGGGGAUUCAAUUGCAUUCACUUCCUCGAGACGUGGGAAGCCACCGAGCAUGCCCGAACUGGCAUCUACGACACCGAGUACCUCGCGUACGUCCGCGCGAUUCUCGGUCGCGCCGGGGGUGCUCAUCAUUACGAACCAGUCCAAGUCGUUCUACAGCGCCACUACCAAUAUUCACUCGAUGGUGCAGUUGGCGCGUGUGGUGGCAGACCUUGAUCACGUCAUGGGGUUUGGUAUGAUCACGUCAUCAAUGAUGAUGACGUAA